ACCCUCACCACCCCUUCUCUUUCCUCCACCUCCUCCUCUCCCACCUUCACAAGGCCCUUCUCCUAACCAUUAUUUCCGCAUCCCAAAUAAUCGCCGCUUUGCAGAUCGCCAUUGCGUGCUCACCCGAGUUACGUACCAUGGCGGAUGUCGACCGUCGGAUGGCGGCCCUGUCACCGUCCCACGCCGCGGGCCUCCGCCGUCUCUCCGCCCGCGCCGCCGCCACAGUCCAUGCCUCCUCGUCCCGCCGCCUUGGACUUCUCUCCCUUCGCCCCCUUGCUGAGGCCGUCCUCGCCCACCUCCGCGCCGCUUUCGUCCCCCUCCGUCCUGGCCUCUCCGAGGCAGAGCUCGCCCGGCUUGAGGCCGACCUCGCCUUCUGCUUCCCCCCGGACCUCCGCGCCAUCCUUGCUCUUGCCGUUCCCUCCGGCUCCGGCUUCCCUGACUGGCGCGCCCCUAGCCCCACCCUUCUCCGCCUCCCAGUCGCCGCCGCCACCGUCCAGGUCGCCAGCGGCGCCCUCUGGCCCCGCUCCUGGGGCCGCCGCCCUGCUGACCCCUCCCGCGCCAUCCGCCGUGCCCGUGCCGCUCUCUGCCGCGCACCGCUCCUCCUCCCGCUCUUCGGUCGUUGCUACAUCCCCUGUUUUCCCUCCCUCGCCGGGAACCCCGUUUUCUACGUCGACGAAGCCCGCGUCUUCUGCUGUGCGCUCGACCUGGCCGACUUCUUCCAGCGCCACUCCGCCGUCCUUCGGUACCCGGAGCCCUCGUCCCACUUACGGAUCCUCCACGCCACCUCCGCCGCCGGCAUUAGCCCCCGCUGGAUCGAGUUCUGGAGCGACGCCGCCACCGACCAUCGCCGCCGCAACUCUUCUUCGUCGUCGUCCUCCUCCUCCGCUUCCGAGACGGCUUCCUCAUCCUCGUCCUCGCCUCCGCCGGAUACCGAGCGGUUCUUGGAGAUCCGGGCGCGGAAGUUGCCUGAGUGGGUCAGGAGCUACCUGGAUGGCAUCGGAUCCGUCCUGAGGCAAGGCGGGUGGAGCGAAUCGGACAUCAGGGAGAUGGUCCACGUGCCGGCGCUGGGAAUAUUCAACGGCGGCGACGAGCCCGCGGCAGCGGCCGGACCCAUCGACGCUGACGCGGUGCUCGACGCGGUACUCAUAAAGGCGGACCGGUGCUCCGACUUGCUCCGCCGUGCGGGUUGGAGCCCCGACGAAGUCUCAGACGCUCUAGGGCUCGACAUUGGGCAGCGGCAGGGGAGGGAUCUCCGCCCACCGGUGAAGCUACCCCCGUCGAUCGCCCAUAAGGUCGAGAAGCUCGUGGAGGCGGUGACCCGAACCUGACCGGUCUUCCUCUUAUUUUUGUUCUUUUUCUUGCGAGACUUGUGUAACUUUCAAUUUCGUACAAAUCCGGAGGGCGUAUAA